AUGCAAGGAAAGUUGGUGACAGAGACUCUUUGUCUUCAGCAGGACUCCUCAAAGAGGACACAGAGCAGAAACACUGACACCAUCACAGAUGAUGUACCAUCCAGGAAGCGCAGAAGACCACCUUCAAGUGAUGAUGAGAAACAGAGCUCAGAGUGUCUCAGGAUUGUUCUGAUAGGGAAGACUGGCAGUGGAAAGAGCUCUACAGGAAACACCAUUCUGGGAAGAAAAGAGUUUAAAGCCAAAUCAAGCCAAAGAUCAGUCACCAAACAGUGUCAGAAAGCACAGAGUGAAGUGGACGGUCGUCCUGUCGUUGUGGUCGACACUCCUGGUCUGUUUGACUCCACUUUGUCUCAUGAAGAGGUUAAUGAGGAGACGGUGAAAUGCAUCAGUCUUCUGGCUCCAGGACCACAUGUCUUCCUGUUGGUGCUACAGAUUGGUGGACUCACAAAAGAAGAGAAGGAGACAUUAAAACUCAUCAAGGAAGUGUUUGGGAAGCAUUCAGAGAAGUUCACCAUCAUUCUUUUCACAAGAGGAGAUGAACUGGAACAAGAUGAGCUGUCCAUUGAAGAAUACAUUGAACAAUGUGAUGAUUCCUUUAAGAAGCUGGUUGCUGACUGUGGAGGAAGAUACCAUGUGUUUAAUAACAGAGCUAAACAAAAUCACACACAAGUCAGUGAACUGAUAAACAAGAUUGACUCCAUGGUGAAGGAAAAUGGCGGCAGCUGCUUCACCAAUGAGAUGCUGCAAGAGGCCGAGGCAGCAAUAAAGAAGGAAAUGGAGAAGAUCCUGAAGGAGAAGGAAGAAGAUAUGAAGAGAGAGAGGGACGAGUUUGAAAGAAAACAUGAAGAAGAAAUGGAGCCAAUGAAAAGACGAAUAGAAAAAAAGAGAGAGGCUCCGCUCACCAUCUAUAAAAGCAUCCAGGUGAAAACGCUUGCGGAAGAUGCAGAAAGGCUGAUGAAGAGGGAGAAAAAACUGGCAAUGCUCCAGGAUGAGUACGCAACAGAAGAAGCAAACUAUAACAAGAAACUACAAGAGGAUCACGAAAACAUUAGAAAACAGACUGAGGAAAUCCUGGAGGACACGACCAAGAAAUAUGAAGAGGAGGCCAGAAGAAAAGCUGAAGAAUCCAAUGAUUUCAUACCAAAGAAAGUUGGUGACAGAGACUCUUUGUCUUCAGCAGGACUCCUCAAAGAGGACACAGAGCAGAAACACUGA